UUAUAAUAAAUAACAAUAACAACAAUAUUGAGAGAUCAUUGUUUUGAAAAGGUGAUGUCUUAAGAAACCUUGAGUUUUCACAACUGUCAUAGAAACUCUACCAGAAGCAUUGAUGAACUUUCGCAGAAAAAGGAAAUAACGUUUUAGCUACGGUCCAAUGGAAAUCGAAAAUAAAACAACAAUUUCAUCAAAUGAUUGUGGCAAUGUUUGCCGUGUUUGUCUUGCAACAAAUCAAAAUAAUCAAUGCAUUUUCGAUAGUAAACGAAGUGAUUCGAUUAAUGAAAGUACAAUUGAUUUGUCUGAAAAACUUCGUUUGUGCAGUGGUGUGGAGGUACUGGAAAAUGAUGGUUUACCUUCCACUAUUUGCACGAAAUGUAUAUUAAAGAUCAAUGAUGCCCAUGAAUUAAGAAGGCAAUGCCAGCGAUCUGAUAUCCAAUUGAGAGAAUUGUAUGGUAAAGUGGAAAAAAUAUAUAAUAUCAAUUUAUGUAAAACUACAAAAGAUAAAUUUUCCCAGACUGAUUAUUCAUUUACCUCUGAUUUAAUCAAAAUUGAAGCUGAUUCAUUUUCUGCAAUGGGUUAUAAUUCUUAUCCAGUGGUAAUGCUUAAUUCUAGUACUAAAGACAUAAAAGAUCAUGAAGUAAUUAAUGAAUCAAAGUACGCAGAAGAUAAAGAAUCCACUAAUAACUUGAAUAAACAAAAUGCCUAUAUUAAAUGUAAACAAACAGAAUAUGAAAAAAGUGUUACAGGAAGAGAAGUUUAUCGAACAAGAAGAAUGACAAUGUUUAAAAGAGUAACAUCUAUAGAAAAUUUAAAAAAUCAUAAAGAAAGACAGAGACAAUAUAUAAAAAAGAAUACAGCUGUUAAAUGGGAUGAUGAUGCAGCAGAUAUUAAAAAGACAGAUUCUCAAUGUUCUUAUAGUUGCCCAAAAUGUACCAGGUGCUAUUCCAGCAAAAGAUCUUUGGAUAGACAUAUAUUAACUCAUAAUGAAAAGAAAUUCACAUGUGAUAAAUGUAACAAACAUUUUUUUCAACUUGAUAAAUUGAUACAACAUAAUAAACUACAUAUUGUUAAAGAAAAACCUAAACCAGUAUUGUGUAAAAUAUGUAAUAGGAAUUUUAGGAAAACUGAUACUAUGGUAAGACAUUUAAAUGUUCAUAAAAGAACUAAUCCAAAGGAGGUCCUUUCUAUCCUGAAAGAAAUUAGAGAUAAAAGAAAAUUGGAAACCAUAACUGAACCAGAAAGAAAAGAAGUUGAAAAUAACAAAGAUAAAAAAGAAACAGAGGAAGAAUUUGCAACUAAUGAGAAUAAUACUUUAAGUGUCCUAAAAAAAAGGACUUUAGAAUCUAAAGAUAAAAAGUGUAAUUCUGGCUCAUUAUCUACUGAACUACUGAUAUCUACUGAAAACUUUGAUUCUUUUGAUCAUGAGACACUUUAUCGAUGUAACUACUGUACCAAGCGUUAUGCGAACGAAAAAUCUCUUCAAAAACAUUUACAGAUUCAUAUUGAAAAAAGAUUUGUUUGCAAUGUAUGUAAUAUGAAAUUCUUUCGGCAAGAUAGAUUAAAUAGUCAUAAAAAUCGAUAUGGACAUAAUGAAAAUUCAGCAUUAGAGGUGCAAAAACCAAGUGACGAUAAGUCAGCCAUUAAAUUAAUAAACAGUUGGAUCCGAGAGGAGCUUGAUUCGGAUAACGAGGAAAAGGGUUUUCCUUGUAAAAUUUGUGGAAAAUCAUACGAUACAAAAAAAUCCUUACUAAAGCAUCAAUUAAGUACGCAUAAUACAGAAGGAGAAAACUGCACAACGUGCGGUAAAAUGUGUGCCUGUGACGAGAAGGAGAAGAAUCAACAUAAAUCAAACGAAAGAUUAAAACCAUAUCGAUGCGGAGAAUGUAAUAAAUCCUUUGAAAAGGAAGUUAAAUUACAAAAACAUAUAAGAAUCCACGAGCGCGCUAAGGAACAGCAAGAUGUAAAUUUUAAACGAUUUUUAUGUCACAUAUGUAGCAAAACGUUUAGACAAAAUACAGGUCUCAUGUUCCAUAUGAGGACGCAUACGGGAUAUAAACCUCAUAUUUGUAAAUAUUGUGGAAGAGGAUUCACUUCAAAUUCUAAUUGUAUCAAUCAUGAAAGAACUCAUACUGGUGAUAGACCAUUCGUUUGUCACUUUUGUAGUGCUGCUUUUGCCAAAUCAUGUACGCUUAAAGCACACAUUACAACACAUACUGGAGAAGCAAAUUAUCAUUGUAAAACUUGCGGUAAAUCGUUUAGGCGACUAAAGUACUUAAAAGAACACAAAUUUACGCAUACGGGGGAAAAACCAUAUGCUUGUAAGAUUUGUGGCACUGCGUAUAGCCAUUCUGGUAGUUUAUUUGUACAUGAGAAAAAGUGUAAAGCGCAAUAUAACAGUUAUCAAUCGAACUCGACACAAAAUAUACAAACCUAUUGCGAAUCGGAAACGUCUUCACCAACCUCUAUCAUUACCGUUUUACCGCAAGUUUAUUUAAACAAUACUAAUGCGAUAAACACACAAAGUAGUAAAACCUACAUGGACAAUAUUCAAAAAAUAAAUUCUCAGAAUAUUGCUAACAUAAAUGCUGUUAAUACAUCAGAUUUACAUAUUCACUCGAAUUCCGAAAUUUCUGAUGUUUCUUUAGCUGUUAAAAGCUUCGCUCUUAUCGGACAAAUGUUUCAAUCGUAGAUUAAUUCAAUGAAUGACUGAUGAAAUUCAAAUUGAAAUGUUUCUGUGAUAAAUUUUUAUUUUGCAAAUAUGUUUCAAUUAUUACUUGAAAUAUAUUUUGCAUGGAUAAAAUAGAAUAAUAAAUGUACGAAAUGUUUUUUAUUGCAUUUUUAAGUGGUAUCACUCGUUACAUAUUUCAUAUAUUGUAAAAUAUGGGAAUGGGAUUAAUUUUAUUUUGUAAGUUUUCUAUAUUGUAUAUAGAGUUUUGCAAUUAGGGUGAAGGAUAGUUUAUCAAAUAAAAAGGCUAAAGUCAAUCCCUU